AGAAAAAAAGGGAGAAUAGUCAAACAAGGCAAAGUCUCACAUUCAGAUGCACGGAGCCCGCAAAAUCCAACAAAACCCAACGACUCGAGGGGUCCUUCCAAUAACUAAAUGACGAAUCUGGCACCUUGACCCACACCUAAAACCUCCUCUCUUUGCUUACUGGGGGCAACAAAACCAAAACUCCAGCUUUUGAUUCUUGUUUCUCUAUACUUCUAUUGCUUUUUGUGGUGUAAAAUUCUUAUCACGAGAGUUCGAACGAAGAUGGGUUGCUGUCCCAGCCAAAACGCCGAUUCCAAAGCCAGCAGGACCGCCCGUUGGCGAUCCACGGGCAUUGUUGCCCUGCGUGAUGCUAAAUUGAAGACUUUUCCGGAUGAGGUUCUUGAUUUAGACAAAAGUGUGCGCACCCUCGAUUUAACUCACAACAAAUUAGUUGGCAUUCCUAUGGAGAUUAGCCAAUUAGUCAACAUGCAGCGCCUGGUUUUGGCUGAUAAUCUUAUUGAGCGACUACCAAUUAACUUGGGGAAGCUGCAGUCUUUAAAAGUUAUGAUACUCGAUGGGAAUCAAAUUACUUACUUGCCUGAUGAAAUGGGCCAGCUGGUGAGGCUUGAGCGUUUGUCAAUCUCAGGAAAUAUGUUAACUUUCUUGCCCGAGACAAUUGGGAGCUUGCGCAAUCUAUCACUAUUAAAUGUUUCAAAUAACAAGUUAAAGGCUCUUCCAGAAUCAAUUGGGAGUUGCUUCUCUCUGGAAGAAUUACAAGCAAAUGAUAAUUUAAUUGAAGACCUUCCUGGAUCAAUAUGCAAUCUCGUUCACUUGAAGUCGCUUUCCUUGAACAACAAUAAUGUGAGCCAGAUUCCUUCAAAUCUGUUGAAAGACUGCAAAGCUCUCCAGAAUAUUUCCCUUCAUGACAAUCCUAUUUCUAUGGAUCAAUUUCAGCAGAUGGAAGGAUUUCAAGAAUUUGAAGCAAGAAGAAAGAGGAAAUUUGACAAACAAAUUGAUUCAAAUGUGAUGAUCAGUUCCAAAGGGCUUGACGAGGGCGUUGAUCUAUGAUGAUACCAUGCCAGAUGAAGAUAUAAAUUAGGACUUCUCUGGAACAGAAUGCAUGACAGAGUUGGACUGGUUGAGGCUAUGUUUAAUGCAAGGAAUGGGAAUUGGAUCUCAACAGCUGUAGAUUCCUAAUAGCUCUUCUUCAGAUCAGUAUUCAUUUUGAAUUCUUGGCAGAUUUGAAAUAAAAUAUAAUCUCAACUGGUUUUCUUAUUGUGAAUGUCAAUGAUAGAAGUUUCUCUGCUAGAUACUGGACUGUCAUGUGCAGGUUUAUAUACGGUGGUGGUUCCCUUUUUAAGAUUUUAUAUAAUAUAUAUUGCUAAUUGUAAGCUUAAGUGGUGGAGCUGCUUCCUGAAAUCUCUCUUCCAUCUUUAAUUAUCCAAUGGGAAAUUUAUAAUUUGGUCUCUA